GUGUUGGACCAGCUCCAAGAUGACCCCGCUCUCGGCAAGUUUCGCGACGAGUACGCCAAGCUUCAUGAUGCCUUUCAAAAAUCCCAGCAGAAUGAACAGCGCCUCAUGGUCAAAUGCCGUGACCUCAACGCUGAGCUUGUUGCUAAUGCAGCCAAAGUGCAAUCCGCCAUGCAGGGCGCCCACGAAGAGGAAAGCACCAUGACCCAGCUCAAGCGCGAGGUCGAAGAGGCUUGGAAACUUGUAGAUGGGGCCCGCGAGCAUGAGAGCAAGCUCAAACAGGACGCCGAAGAAUUGCGCGAGGAAAUUAUGGCCCUGCACCAGCAGAUUGAGGAUGCCAACGCAGAAGCCGAGGCACACAAUGAACAACUGCAAGCCGCCAUUGCUACUCGCCGUGAGCUCGAGGUCGAGCGAGACAACAUGUCCGAGCAGAUUGUCAAGCAUACGCGCGAAAUUACCGACCUCCAAGCGCAACAACAGCAAGCCGAGGCUGCGAGCGUACAGAACGAGGCGCGAAUCAAGGAGCUGGAGGACCAACUGCAGGCCAAGCGAAUCGAGGCUGAUCGUGAGCAGCGUCGCAAGACUCACUUGGAACGUGAGCUUGCCGCCCAGAAGCAGGAAAUUGCUGAUAAGCAGGAAGCCCUGGGUGCCCUGGAUCAGAGCGUGGCCCAACGACAAGGCGAGCUGGCCGAUGCUCGUGAGGCCCUGCGGGCCAAGGACGAUCAGCUCGAUAAACUCCGGGGGGAAUUGGCUAACCUUGACAAGCGCAACGCCAAGCUCGAACGCCAGAUUGAAGAGGGGUUGCAAGCAAACCAAAAUGCCUUUGAGCUCACGGCUCGUCUCAAGCUGCAGCUCAAGGAGCGUGAGGAAGAGGCGGCCACCCAAUCCUCUGACCUCCUUCGUUUGCAAAAGCUGUACGAUGCCGUGCAACGAAAGCUCAAGCAAAGCGAGGAGGAUCGUACAGAGCUCAUCAGUCAGCGCGAUCAAGCCCUCAACGAGGCCUCAGCUCUUUCCCGCGAGCUCGAGGCCAUUCGCAAGCAAGUCGAGGCCGAUCGCAAGCGCCUGGACGAGCUGGCGCGCAACCGUGAUGCCCUCACCAAGAAGAUGCUGCAGGCUGGCAAGGAGACAGAGGUCCAGCAGGCUUUGGUCAAGAUGCACGAAAACACCACCAAGAGCCUGGAGGCAGAGAUUGUGACCUAUCGCAAGGAGGGUCACAAACAGCGUCAAGACAUCUCCAAGCUGGAGAAGGAGCGUGAUCGCCUGCUCAACGAGGCAGCGGCAGCGCAGCGCAAGGCGCUUGAGGCCAGCGAGGAGGCUUCACGGGCUGAAAACCAGACGGAAGAUUUGAAGAAGCGCUUGGCUGACACGGAGGAAAAGCUGCGCAACCAGCAAUCCGCCUAUGAGCAGGCACGCAACGAUCGCAACAUUUACAGCAAGAACCUGAUUGAGGCGCAAGAGGAAAUUGGCGACACAAAGCGUAAGCUCAAGGUGCUCACCCACCAGAUCGAGCAGCUCAAGGAGGAGAUUUCGGCCAAGGAGAACCAACUCCAGCGCGAGCAC